AUGGAACUACCCCAAAAUGAUGGUGAUUCUCUGGGCAACCUACUGGAGGAAUACAUCCAGUCAAUAGACUCCCCAAACCAGUUCAGUGACAAUGGUUGGUUCAUUAACACCACCCAAUCCACAGUGAUAACCACCUUCACUAGUGAAGAAGCUGGGAAAGACCUCCUUGAGGAAUUGUUAGAGACACCUGCAACCUUUGAUCAUCAGGAUGAAGGAUUUCAUGGUCACAAUCCACAGUAUGAUUUUGUUGAUGAUACUAAUUUCUUCCCUGAAACCAUUGAGUCAUUGUUCCCAAUCAACCAACUUGUGGAACAAGAUUGGGCAUUUGGGCCGAGUCAAGGAGAUUUGGGUUCGAAUACGAAUUCGGCUGUGGAAGAAAUCGACGGUACGUUUUGUGAUUUACAAUAG